AACCAAUCACAACUCACCCCUUUGACCUCUCUUUCUCACUCUUGUUUUCUGUUCCACAUAUCGCUGUCUUUCAAUCACUACAAAGAACUAACACAUUUCUAUUCACUACUUCCACUCCCCUACACUGCUACUUUCACAACCACAACUUAUGCUUAUUUUCACCUCAAAGUUGAUACCUUUUUCCCUUUCUCAAUUACCCUCUUCAUUCUUUUUGUUCUAUUAGGCUUCCACAAUCAUACUUAUGUAAAAUAUGUAUCUUUUUUGCAUUUGGGAACUGACCCAGUUACUCUAAAACCCUUUUGGUUCGUGGGUUGAUGUCAGUCUUCUAAAUUUUGUUGUGAGUUUUUUUUUUUCUUUUUCUUUUUAACCUUAUCUCUUUUCACUCUUUUAGAUCUGAUUAGUUUUAUGAAAGUUUCAACUUUGCACACCAUUUGUUUGAAAAAUGGAAUUUUUCCUUGGAUUUUGGAAAAAAAAGUCCUUUUUUAGAUUCCUAAGUUGUGGGUAGCUGAAAUAAGCAGCAGAUUCUUCCCAUAUGCCUUUUGAUUAUAUGCUUCUUUGGCAGUAAGAAGUUUCACUUUUGUGCCUUAUCUCUCUCUCUCUUUGAACUUCUCUUUGUAAGAGAGAGAUGAAGAGUUAGAUUAUAUUAUAUUGUUUCGAUAUGUUUUCUUGCUAUAUGCAAUUUUUAUCAUCUAGAAAAAUGAAUAGCGAAAUUGAAGUUCUUUCACCAUCCUCAUAUAUCCAAAAUUCCAAUUGGUUGUUUCAAGAAAACAAAGGUGCAAAAUGGACACAAGAAGAGAACAAGCUGUUUGAGAAUGCUUUAGCUUAUUAUGAUAAGGAUACUCCUGAUAGAUGGAUAAGGGUUGCUGAGAUGAUUCCUGGAAAAACUGUUGGUGAUGUGAUUAAACAGUAUAGGGAGCUUGAAGAAGAUGUUUGUGUUAUUGAAGCUGGUUUGAUUCCUGUUCCUGGUUAUACCACUAGUUCUUUCACAUUGGAUUGGGCUAACAAUCAAGGAUUUGAUGAGUUCAAGCAAUUUUGUAGUGUUGGUGGGAAAAGGGGUGCUUCGACUCGGCCGACUGAGCAGGAAAGGAAGAAAGGUGUGCCAUGGACCGAAGAGGAGCAUAGGCAAUUUCUUCUGGGUCUGAAGAAGUAUGGUAAGGGAGAUUGGAGAAACAUCUCUAGGAAUUUCGUGACGACAAGGACACCUACUCAAGUUGCAAGUCAUGCUCAGAAGUACUUCAUCAGACAAGUAACAGGAGGGAAGGAUAAGCGGAGAUCGAGUAUCCAUGAUAUCACAGUCGUCAAUCUCCCAGAAACAAAAUCUCCUUUGUCUGACGGUAGCAUGCCUUCUCCAAAUCCGCAGAAGAAUCAUAAAUUGUCUAGCAUGAUUAAGCAGGAAUAUGACUGGAAAUUACCAGAUGAGGAGGCUAUGCCAUUUGUUUUCAAUUCAACAACUAAAGGAAACAUGUUUGUGGCACCAUUGUGCGGGAUUGCGUCACACGAGUCGAAACCGCCGGGGUGUAAUGUACUCCGAGGCAUUCAACAUGGAUGCCAGUUUUCACUACCUUUUGAUACUAUAUUGCAAAUGCAGCAUCAAUGAACUGUGCAUAUGAUGCAGGGUUUUAGAGUUUUUAAGGUACUAAAAUUCUAAAACUUUUUCAGUGAUGAUGGAUUGCUUCAUAGAUUAGUCCCUAGUAAUUAGAAUCUAUGAAGAGAGAUUAGUUCAUGUUGUUUAUGAUAUGAAAUUUCUGGCACUAGUUUGAUAAACAGAAGUGAAGUUUGGACAUGUGUGAUAUGAUUUUGCUGAUUAUGUUUGGAAAUUUGAUUGUAAUUAGAAAAUUUGAGUGAGCAUCCUCCUACAUGGACUUGAGUUAUUUGCAUAAUGCUCUCAGCUAGUUGAGUUAUCUCUCAACUUUUUAUGAGAUGUGAUUUAAAUAAUAUGUAGUUCCAAGUUCACUCAAGCAAUUAUGUAAAGGCACCAAUCAUGUUGAUGUACUAUUUGUGUAAUCCUUAGUAAAAAUAUAUAUUUGGGUUGCUAA